GUUCCAGAUUGUGCUGACUCACAUUCAAGAAAACAUGAUACACAGACACAAUGCACUGUAACACUUUUCCUUUCCCCCAGUAACCUCGAAAGUUUCUGUAGCUCAUGCAAUAAAUGGCUGAGAUAGUAGGUGUAAUACGAAGAGAUGAAGAGGAGAUCCAAAAUAACAGUGAUGAUGAGGAUCCAUUUCUGAAUCGUGAUGUUGUAACGGCAUCCCCUGGUUCCUCUGACAGCCCUUCAUCAGCCAGCCUUAAUGAAGACAAGGAAAACUCAGCAGUGCCAGAAAGACUGUCCAUCAUAUCCAGCAAGGCUGUGGCCCAGGUAAAAGCCCUGACUAGCCCAGAGAUGGUUAGUGGUGGCCAGGCACAGAGAACAGCCUCUGGAUUGGCUGAGCAUCAACUGUCAGCUGUAAAUCCAUUGUUAGGUGGCUCAUCAUGCCAUGUCGCAGUCAGUAACUUGCAGCCUACGGGCCUUGCCUCCCUUUGCUCCAAAAGACCCUUCUGCAAUGGUGAUCCAAGUUUGGAGGUGCCACAGGUCCCUCAGGUGCCUGGCAGUUUGAAUGAGUCCCCGCAGGCUGUCACUGCCCUGCCCAGGACCCACCCUGAGGGCUGCCAAGUGCAGCAGACUGGGAGCAGUGCCAAGGGCAAUACAGCCCCUUGUAAUCUGGGCUGGGUGAUUCAGAUGAAGACCACAAAAGUAAUGGAGACCUUAGAAAAUAAGAAGAAGGAGGAAAAGGAGAAGUACCGGCUCCAGCUAGCUAUGUACCGACGGCUUCUGCUGUUGCGCUCCAUCAGGAGCUUGCAUAAGCAGCUGGAGCAGCAGCAGGCCAGAUUGCAGGAAUGCUAUGGCAUGGUAAUAAAUACCAAGAAAGAAGUGUUGAAACACAUUUUUUCAACCUUGCCCUCACCUUCACUGUAAUCAUGUUGCUGCAUGCAGAAAUUAGCUUUGUAAUGGCACCGGAGCUGUCAAUAAGCUUGCAUGCCAUAGGGGUGGUGUCUUUGUGCCCAGGAGUAUGUGCCCAUGUGCAGAGAGGAAACGGCACCAGAGCAAGAAGAAAGGAAGGUGAAGUGUUGACUGCUGAAUUUAUCUGGAGGAAACUGGAGCAAGAUUGUACCUGUGCAAUCAGCUGCUUCCUGGUGCACACUAAAACCCUCAAGAUGAAAAAGGAUUUUUGGCAUACAGGCAUGUGAAAAGAAAAAAAAAAAAAAAGAAACCACAACUGGGAACCUAGUCUGACACUGAUCUCUGAAGGUGGCCAGAUGCAAGAGUAUGUGAUAUGGCACAUCUCCCUUCUGCAUUCAGCACUAACAAAACUUGAGCAGAAUUAGGGUUCAUUUAGCCACAAGAAUAUCUGAAUCUAGAAAGCCAGGAUGUUUGCAAUGCUUAAUCUCAGGCUUGAUUAUAUUUACCUAGCUGCCUGUUUCUCAGAAAACUGCUAAGGCCGUUGUCUGUUUGUGGCUUCUGCUCUCCUGUUAAAUGUAUUCAGCUUGACCAGAAAUUAUUGUAGGCGGGUAUGACCGUCAAACACAUGCACAGGGAGAGAGUGCAAAUGCCUAAAGUCUUCUUACCUUAGGAAAGCGAGCUGAAAAGAGAGGCCUUGUAAUCUGGUGUUACAUAGAAAACCCAGACUGGCAGUGCCAGGGAAAUGUUUGAGGUCUGCACAAUUAUUAAUCUUCUGCUAACUCCCAGUGGCACUGGUGUCUGCAAAUCAAGCAUAUUUUGUGCCUUACUGCUGUCAUUUAAUGGAAGUUGGUGACAAUUAGCACUUUUUAUCCAGGUGUAUUAGACAUGUGUGUCUAAGCACUGUUUUUCCAAUUGCAAGGUUAGGAUGCCUGCAGGGAAUUUGAUGUCAGUGCACAACAAACACAGGAAAAAUGCAAGCAAAAAGAUGCAACUUUUUGUGCGCAUUUAAAAGACAACGCGAAGCCCUGCUGUUGAACAGUAAAUUGAAUAGUUGAAUGUGCUGGUUUAGGAUCUGAAACAAAAAAAAUAUUCAAGAGGAAAUACACCAAAAACUUCCCUUUUCUAGGAUUUAAUGUGAUACAGAAAAAUCUAGUUUUCUUUAAUACUUAUUCCUGAUGGUGCCACCUCUCUUUUUCCCCUCUUGUGUUUUUGUUUUAAAUGUUGAGGUAGAUAACAAUCAAACAGGCUUUUGUUGUGUUUUUUUUUUUCCACAUAAAAAGAUGAGUCUGUUAUUAGAAGUCAUCUUCUGAGCAUGAUGCGCUAUAUAUAGGAAACUUUUCAUCCUCAGCUUUUUUGUGUGUGUACAGAGAGGGUGUGUUUGUGUACGCAUGCACAUGUACAUCCCUGUAUAUAAGAGGAUGUGAAAGGCUGAUGCUUCUUUUUCUGUAGCAGAAGCAGGAAUAAUAUCUCAAAAUAAUUUGUGCUGUCUGCAAGGAGUUUGGUUGAUUAGAUUCACAUGCACACAUCUGUGAGCAAGGUAUUGAAGUAAUUCAACAAUUGAAGUGCAGCACAACAUUGUCGUUAUUCUGUCUUUGUAUUUCUGUGCACCCAAAAUUAUGGAAGCCCCCUGGGUAUGUACAACCUUAGAUAGGUUCAUUCAUCUCCUUGCGCCUUGGUGCAAACUCUCACACAGCACAAGCCUGUAACUUUGAAUGCAGAAUUACCAUAGAAACAUACUUGGCAUCAAGGAGAUAUUUGAAGAAUCAUCCUCUACUGCUUCAUUUGGGGAAUUUGAGUUGCCAGUGGCCUUUAGUGGGCUGCAGAAGAGAGCUGAGGAUCACAUGUGACUGGGAGACAUUACUCCUGAGCUCUGAUCCCAUCCAGCUCUCUGUUCAGCCUUGGAAAAGCUGUCCUCUGUCAGCAAUGAAGAUUUCCCAGAUAAUGCUUGAGUACUAACUCACUUCAAAGGUAACCUGUCUUAAUAUGCUUCCCAAGAAGGAAGGUUGAUCAUGGCCAACAGGGCUAAGCAAAGAUUUG